GACUCCCUCUCACACACAGUACAAAGGACAGUACGCGAGGACAAAAGAUAGGGCUGAUAGUGGAGCCUGUAGUGGACAGUGAAGUCUCCUCACAGUAAUGCAUUGGAUGGAUUAAUACAGUGGAAACUACUGAAUAUUUACAAUUUCCACCAUUUACCUCCUCACGUCAACUGCACUCAAAAUCCUGCAUGGAGCGAACUCAAGACCACUCUCAUCCUACGGGAAAGAUCCAGUCGAUGGGAGACAUGUACCUGUUCACAGUGGAUGUGAGUGAGUUCUCUCCAGAGGAUGUCAUCAUCACAUCGUCAAACAACCUUAUAGAAGUCUAUGCGGAGAAACUAGCAGAGGAUGGCACGGUUAGGAACACUUUUGCCCACAAGUGCCAGUUGCCGGGGGACGUGGAUCCAAUGUCUGUGACAACCUCAUUGGAAAAAAGUGGUGACUGUCUGACUCUGACUGUCAAAGCCAGAAGAAAUUAGUCUUCCAUAGGAUGUGGGAGGUGUGGAAAAGUUUAAACACACACACAGCAAUCAGGUUGCAUUCAUUCAGAUGAUUAUAUUCAAUUAAUUAUUUUAAUUUAAUUCACAUUAAAUUCUAACUUGGGGAAUGGGGAGGGGCAUAAUGUCCCUAGGACAACAUCUAUUCUUGAAUGAGGCCCCUGGGAAUGGUGCUCCCCAGUGCCUAAUUUUUAUAUAGGAUUUUAAUAUAGCCGAAUGUUAUUAUUAAUUAUUUUUAUUUUUGUAACUUUGUUUUUGAAAU